GGUAUGAACCAAAAAUUUGCUUUCGUCCUCUUUUGACUUUUAUUCUGUGUAUAAUCCAAUCAGAUUCAAUAAAAUCAAUAUGGCAAUUUUAGCGUACAAUUUCAAUGUUGUAUCCCCGAAUUUUGUCCUUAAAAAAAGACCUCUUUUUUCAGAAUUUCCUCUUCCACAGGUGCGCGUCAAUCUUUCACGCAGGCGCAACAUCACAUUCAGAGUUGCUUUUAAUAUGGCACAAAACCCAGCUGUGCAGAAGAAAAUUACAGUGCUUAACCAACACAAUGAGAAACUAGUUGGUGUGUUGCAUGAUACUGGAUCGGUGGAGAUCGUGGUUUUGUGUCAUGGAUUCAGAUCCUCAAAGGACUUCUACACUAUAUUGAACCUUGCUGUUGCUAUGGAGAAAGAAGGAAUCAGUGUAUUUCGCUUUGAUUUUCCUGGAAAUGGUGAAAGCGAAGGUUCAUUUCAGUAUGGUAACUACCGUAGAGAGGCGGAUGACUUGCAUUCUGUGGUUGAAUAUUUCAAUGGAGCAAACCGCAAAGUAACAGCAGUCCUUGGACAUAGUAAAGGAGGGGAUGUUGUGCUUCUAUAUGCUUCUAAGUAUCAUGAUGUUCACACAGUCGUCAAUUUGUCUGGCCGUUAUAAUCUAGAGAAAGGCAUUGCGGAGCGCUUGGGGGAGGACUUCCUAGAAAUUAUCAAGAAAGACGGCUUCAUUGAUGUUAAAAAUAAAGCAGGAGACGUUGAUUACCGUGUUACCGAGGAAAGUUUAAUGGAUCGACUUCAUACAAACAUGCAUGAUGCAUGCCUUCAAAUUGACAAAGGAUGCAGGGUAUUAACAGUUCAUGGGUCUGCGGAUGAAAUUAUUCCUGUGGAAGAUGCUUUGGAGUUCGAUAAGGUCAUACCAAACCACAAGUUACAUAUCAUUGAAGGAGCCAAUCAUUGUUAUACCUCACAUCAAGCUGAGUUAACGCCUGUAAUCUUGCCAUUCAUAAAGGAAGGUCUGCAGAAGAACUAGGAUACUAGGCAGGUACUGUGGACACCACUAUCGUCGAAAUUCUUGGUUUUAGAGUAAAUGUGGGAGCUGGCUGUUACAAUCUAACUUGCACAAAUGAAAGAAACUAUUGGCAGGGUCUUAGCUGUACUUCUCGGAGCUUGGUUGGCAUCGUAUCGGGCUUUGCUACAUGGGGAAUUCUUCAUGCACUUCAUACUAGAGUGAAAAUUCUGCAUAUUCAGUAUGAGAUAGACACAUAACAAGACGAACAUCUGUUGCGUUCUUAAUGCAUUUGGAUUUGUAUCUCGAGCUUGCAAAAUAAAGGAUUGUAAAAUUGCAGAAGCCCACGUUUUAGCUUUUCUGUGUUGACAGGGUUUCUGAAUUCAAAUUGAGAACAAUAAUAAUACUCGAUUUGUUUUUUAUGACAACAUUUGAUCGAACAUAUAGGUUAAGUUGUUAAUUUGACUUCA